AUGUCCGCCGACACCAUCAGUAACCCUCCAUCCGCUGGCGAGUCCAAGAGCGCCCGUAAGAAGCGGGAAAAGGCCGAAGCCGCGGCUGCUGCUCAAGCCGCCGGUCAAGCCCAGCAGGACAGCGAUGGCGUGAAGACUCCCGACGUCGCAGAGACCAACGGUGAUUCUUUCGAGAGCUCUCACAUGAAGGAGCUGCAGAAGAACGUCCGCAAUGUGAACAAGAAGCUCAACUCAAUGACCAAGUUGGAUUCCAUUCUCGCCGAGAACCCUGGCAAGUCUCUGGACGAACUCCUCGCUUCCCGCAAGAUCAACGCCGACCAGAAGGCCCAGGCCUCCAAGAAGCCCGCCCUCCAAGCCCAACUCGCACAGCUCGAAGAACAGAUCUCACAGUACAAGAAGGUCGAUGCCGACUACCAGUCGCGCAUGUCCGCUCAGCACUCGCACCUGACUUCGACCCACCAGUCCGAGAUUGAGAAGUUGAAGGCUUCGCUCAAGGAGGAGCACGAGACGGAACUCAAGUCUGCUUUGCGCCAGAAGCUGCUCACCUUCAGCCAGUUCCUCAGAGCUGCCGCUGCCAAGCGUGUGAUUGAAGAGGAGGCCGACACCGACGAAUCUAAGGCUUUCGAGGGUGCUCUGUUGCUCGUCUAUGGAGGUGACGACAAGGCCGUUGAUGCCGCUCUGAAGUUGAUUGAGGGUUCUGACGAGCAGGUCCCCUCCGUUGAGGGUGAACUGCUGUCCGUCAAGUAUUCGCAGAUCAAGCAGGCCGCUGUCGGUUUCGGUGCAUUCCCCGGCGAGGAGGCUACUCAAGAAGGGUCACCUGUCGAGUCUACCGAUGCUACUGCCGUCCAGCCCGAGGAGACCGUCCCUUCGAGCGAUCCUACCAUUGCCCACGCCGGUCUUACCGAGCUGGGCGUGAACCAGUCUGCCGAGGAGGAGAAGCCCAUCGUGCUCGCCGAGGACCUCACACAGUCUAUCGCCGAGGCUUCCACCGGCGACGACGCAGCCAACAAGUCAGCCGAGACACAGUGGGACAACGCUGGUGCCACUGCCGGUACCGACGAGCAGUUGGACGACUCGUUUGAGAUUGUGCCCCGUCCUGCCAACGAGACCGAGACUGUUCACGAACCCGCUCAGCCCCAGUCGACCAGCUCUUGGGCCGACCAGUCAUCUGCAAACGCCACUGCCAUGGAGGCCGCUGCUGAGAACAACAACAUUACCAACGGUCUUUCAUCAACCGAUGCCGAAGGUUACCAGUCCGUCGAGAGACGCGGAGGAAGAGGUGGACAAGGCCGUGGAGGCCGCGGACGCGGUGGUCGUGGUGGCUCUAGAGGUGGACACCGCGGCAGCUUCAGAGGUCGUGGUGAGGGCCGUGGACGCGGUGGCCGUGGCGGAGCUCCCCAGCCCCAGGCAUAG